AUAAACGAGAUGACGUUAUGUAGGACACUCGACGUUCGCUUCCUCGACGCUCCAUUUCUCCAUCUCGUUCGCUCGAUUUCGUCAAAUAUGGAACGCGAUCGAUCCUUACGCGCCCCUGGUUCCUUUGACAUCGUAAAUCCGUCGACACGAGAUUGCGAGAGACGUUCGAAUGACGCCACGGUUGUCUGUGACAUUUAAAUAGGCCAUGGUUGUUUGAGCGGGCAAACUGGCUGUUCGAGGGUGAAUUCUUUGACAUUUAGAAGCGUCUAGAAAUGCGACGCGAGUUUUCGUGACGUGUAGGCAUGCUUGUGCAAGCUAUUUGUGAAUAAGUAAUCGACUAAUCUGCGCUUGUCAUCCUCUAGAUUAGAUGACGGACUCAGGACAUAGUCCUUCCGCUUGAUAACAUGUCAGAUGGGGUUGACGGUGGUGGUGGGGAAAACGAGGUAGACUCUCAUUCCUCGUCACACGCCGAAGCUGGAGACUCUUCCAAUCACAGAGAGGAAGAGGCCUUAGAUCCUGAUAACGAAGCGGCUCUCAAUACCAAUUAUGAUAGUAGCGACGGAGCUGUCCCUGCCUUUAGAUGUGAUAGGUGUGACAAUUAUGAAACUAUAAACAAGACAGCUUUCUCCGCUCAUCAAGAUCAAUGUCUGGCAAGCGGCGAGGCUGGGGAGAGCGCUGAGGGCAUAGAAGGGACGGAGAAUGACGGAGACGGAGAAGAGGGCCAUUCAGGGAUGAGGUCUCACAGAAAAAUGUUUGAAUGCGAUGUCUGUAAUAUGAAAUUUUCAAAUGGAGCUAACAUGAGACGACACAAAAUGAGGCAUACGGGCGUGAAACCAUACGAAUGUCGGGUAUGUCAAAAGAGAUUCUUUCGGAAGGACCAUCUUGCGGAACACUUUACGACGCAUUCAAAAACUUUGCCAUACCAUUGCCCGAUAUGUAACCGUGGUUUUCAAAGACAGAUCGCUAUGCGCGCUCAUUUUCAGAACGAGCAUGUCGGUCAGCACGAUAUGGUUAAAUCGUGUCCUCUCUGCAAUUAUCGUGCAGCGACUAUGAAAUGUCUUAGGCUGCAUUUCUUUAAUAGACACGGAAUAGAUUUAGAUAAUCCAGGACCAAAUAGCUCUACAUCCAUAAUGAAUAGUUGCACAUCCGGAGAAGCGAUGCCUUCGGCACCUCUAUCCGACAGCGGGGAUAGCACUGGCAACCGUUCAACCGACAACGCUACACCUCCCAUGCAUUUUCUCACGCCUCACGUGGAGAUAUCCAUUCCUUACCCCGAACAGGCUGCCAAUCAGCGAAAUCCGAGUCCUGCCCCAUUGAACGGAGACAGUCCCAAUAGUCCGCAGAGCGCCGACAGCAAUAGUAAUGCACCGAGCAGUAGUCAUCAUCAAUUAACUAUCAAUAGCAGCACCAUUCAUAGAAACGUAGGCGGAGGCGACGAAGCGAUUACACCGUCGAUCUCUCUGAUACCCAUCAAACAGGAACCAAACAGCAACGGUAUGGACGACAGUGGGGCAACGUCGAGCAAUCUGCCGUUGCCAUCGCUGAUCAAAGUGUCACCGUUAAAGUCAUUGCUGCGCGAUGAUCUGCGUCGCAAGCUCUCCACCAGUUCUGCUAAUAACAACAAUAACAACAGCAACAACGGCGGCUGCGGCGCCAAUCCCCAUUCGAGGGGUGAACCACCCACCUCGACCCGGCCGGAUCCACGCACGAGCGGACUCCAGUGUACCCACUGUCGCAUCACGUUUCCGGAUCAGACGUUAUACUUCCUUCACAAAGGUUGUCACAGCGAGAGUAAUCCGUGGAAGUGCAAUAUUUGCGGGGAGCAGUGCUGCAAUCUGUACCAAUUCAACUCGCAUUUACUGAGCAAGAGUCAUCAGUAGCUGGGAGAAGAAGACCGAGAGAAAGAGAGAUACCUGCGGCUAAGAAUUCGCCUUUCCUCUUUUUGUUUCUUCUUUUUUCCUCCCAUUUCUUCGUUGAACGAAAGAAAACGGUAGGAGAAUCGGUACGUAUAUUGUUACGUACGUUCAGUGUU